GUAGCAGGUUUCCUCAAACGGUCAAAUAGGAUCUUGUAUGCGUCUCAACCCUAUAAAUUUCCUUCCCCAAAUCAUUUCUUCUUCCCCUCUCCGAUUAAAUCCACUCUCAGAGAGGUGUAAAACCGAGAUCCCUAAUACCUAAUCUAGCCAGAGAGGCAGAGACUCCGUUCUCGUCGCCGGAGACCAGACACCGGAUCUAACACCGGAGAUACUUGCUCGUUGCUUCUCGUUGGAGACCAGAGACCUGCUCGUCGCCGUUUCCAAGCCUCGCCUCCUCUCCCGUCGACGAAGGGCUAGGGUUUUGGAUUCGAGAAGCAGACUCGCGCUGGGGAGUGAUAUAGGGUGUUCGGAGUUUUUGGAUCAGAAUAUGAACUUUCCAGUCCAAAGUAACCGGUCAGAUAAUAGCCGUCGGGGUAGAAACUAUCCUGGUCAAACUGCUAGACAGGAGUGGGUUCCACGUGGUUCCUCCUCCACCACCGCCCCUACUGCCACUGUGACAACCACUGUGGAGAGCCCUGCUGUAGCUGUUGAUAAUUUGAGCUCAGUUGGGAUUGGCAGGGAAUUGGAAGAUAGAUCGGUUCCACAAGUCUAUCGGAGUAGGAGCUAUACAGGUCCUCGAAGGAAUGCAGUUCGAUAUGCAAAUCAAAGGAGAGAUAGGGGAAUGGGAAGGGAUAAGGAUAAUAGUGAAAGAAACAAGGCAGAGAAGGUGAAGGAGCCAGAUCAUAACAAUGAAAGUAAACAGUUAAAUGACCCAAACUUGCCUCAGCUUGUACAAGAAAUUCAGGAGAAGCUCUUGAAAGGAACAGUUGAGUGCAUGAUUUGCUAUGAUAUGGUUCGCAGGUCUGCAUCAAUUUGGUCUUGUUCUAGCUGUUACUCAAUCUUUCACUUGAAUUGUAUCAAGAAAUGGGCCAGGGCUCCUACAUCGGUUGACUUAUCAGCUGAGAAGAAUCAAGGGUUUAAUUGGCGGUGCCCUGGUUGUCAAUAUGUGCAACUCACUUCUUCUAAGGAUAUCCGCUAUAUUUGCUUUUGUGGGAAAAGGCAGGACCCGCCGACCGAUUUGUAUUUAACACCACAUUCUUGUGGGGAGCCUUGUGGGAAGCCAUUGGAGAAGGAAGUUCCUGGUUCUGGCAUGAGCAAGGAAGAUCUUUGCCCUCAUCAUUGUGUCCUGCAGUGCCAUCCUGGACCAUGUCCUCCUUGUAAGGCAUUUGCUCCCCCACGAAGCUGUCCGUGUGGAAAGAAGGUGAUUACCACAAGAUGCUCUGAUAGGAAGUCUGUUCUUACCUGUGGACAACGGUGUGACAAGCUUCUUGCUUGUGGUCGCCACCAGUGUGAACGAAUUUGCCAUGUUGGUCCUUGUGACCAUUGUCAAGUUCUUGUUAAUGCUUCUUGUUUCUGCAAAAAGAAAACUGAGGUUGUUCUUUGCGGUGACAUGGCUGUGAAGGGGGAAAUCAAAGUAGAAAAUGGCGUGUUUUCUUGCAGUUCACAUUGUGAGAAAAAACUUAGCUGUGGAAACCAUGUUUGUCAUGAAAUAUGCCAUCCAGGCCCUUGUGGGGAUUGUGCCUUAUCACCCAUCAAGGUCAAGACAUGCUGGUGUGGAAAAACUAGCCUAACAGAAGCUAGAAACAGUUGUUUGGAUCCAAUUCCAACAUGUUCAGAAGUUUGUACUAAAACACUUCGUUGUGGGGUACACCGGUGUGAAAAGGUGUGUCAUUCUGGUGAUUGUGCACCAUGUCAUGUGCCUGUAACUCAACGAUGUCGGUGUGGAUCAACUUCUCGUACUGUGGAGUGUUACAGAACAUUUGCAGAGGAUGAUAUAUUUACUUGUGAUAGGCCUUGUGGGCGGAAGAAGAGUUGUGGAAGACACCGAUGCAGUGAACGCUGCUGCCCUCUUUCAAAUCCCAAUAGUUCCCUCACUGGUGAUUGGGAUCCGCAUUUCUGCUCAAUGCCUUGUGGGAAGAAACUAAGAUGUGGACAGCAUUCUUGCGAGUCACUUUGUCACAGUGGUCAUUGUCCUCCUUGUCUUGAAACAAUUUUCAAUGAUUUGACUUGUGCUUGUGGCAGGACUUCGAUACCUCCUCCAUUGCCAUGUGGGACACCUUCUCCUUCAUGCCAGUAUCCAUGCUCAAUUCCUCAGCCAUGUGGUCAUUCAUCCACUCACAGCUGCCACUUUGGGGACUGUCCGCCAUGUGCGGUUCCCAUAGCAAAGGAAUGCAUUGGUGGACAUGUGGUUCUUAGGAAUAUACCUUGUGGAUCGAAGGACAUCAGAUGCAACAAACUCUGUGGCAAGACCAGGCAGUGUGGCUUGCAUGCAUGUGCUAGAACAUGUCAUCCUGCACCUUGCGAUUCUUCUGCAGGGGCCAAUGCUGGUUCAAGAGCUUCUUGUGGUCAGACAUGUGGUGCUCCUCGGAGAGAUUGUAGACACACAUGUACUGCUCUGUGUCACCCAUCCACCCCAUGUCCGGACACUAGAUGUGAAUUCCCUGUCACUAUUUCUUGUUCUUGUGGUCGGAUAACUGCAAGUGUUCCAUGUGAUGCGGGGGGCAGUAAUGGUGGACAUAGUGCUGACAGUAUUUUUGAAGCAUCAAUAUUACAGAAGUUGACAUCGCCACUUCAACCUGUUGAGGGAAAUGGCAAGAAAGUUCCACUUGGUCAGAGGAAGCUAAUUUGUGAUGAUGAAUGUGCAAAGAUGGAGAAGAAGAAGGUUCUAGCUGAUGCUUUCGGUAUCAAUUCCUCAAAUUCAGAUGCACUUCAUUUUGGCGAGAAUACUGGUGUCUCAGAGGUGCUUUCAGACCUUCUCAGGCGUGAUUCUAAAUGGGUGUUUUCUGUGGAAGAAAGAUGCAAGUUUUUGGUCCUUGGUAGGGGCAGAGGUGGAGUUAAUGCCCUAAAAGUUCAUGUCUUUUGCCCAAUGCUGAAGGAAAAGCGGGAUGCUGUUAGACUGAUAGCUGAAAGGUGGAAGCUCACAGUCAGUGCUGCUGGAUGGGAGCCAAAGCGGUUUGUUGUUGUACAUGCUACGCCAAAGUCCAAAGCACCUGCUCGUAUACUUGGCGCUAAGGGUUGCACAGUCAGUAGUAUGUUACAGCCUGCAAUUUUCGACCCUUUGGUAGACAUGGAUCCUAGGCUUGUUGUUGCACUUUUUGACUUGCCAAGAGAUGCAGAUAUAAGUGCAUUGGUGCUGAGGUUUGGCGGGGAAUGUGAGCUUGUCUGGCUGAAUGAUAAAAACGCAUUGGCCGUGUUCAGCGAUCCUGCCAGAGCCUCAGCUGCUAUGAGGAGAUUAGAUCAAGGUUCUGCUUAUUAUGGUGCUGUUGGAGUUCCUCAGAUUGGUGUUGCCCCAGCAACAUCUAAUGCUUGGGGAGGGUCUAGUGUGAACAAGGAUGCUGGUGGAGGUCCAAUGCUGAAGGAUAACGCGUGGAAGCAGGCCGUAGUCCAGGAGCUAAACCAGAGGGAAACUACAUGGGGGGGCUCCGAGGAGUGGACCAAUAGUUCUUCCAACAUGGAACCCGGAGUUUGGAAGGGGAAGGAAGCCCCUCCUCUAGCUGCUGCUUCAAGCAACAGGUGGAGUGUUCUAGACACUGAAACCGCUCCAAGUUCAUCUGCUACAUCUAGCACGGUGAAGGGCUCUUUGAAGAAGUCUGCAACUAAUCAAGUGUCUGAUAAUGAAACUGAAGCACAGAGUUCAGAUUUGCAGGGGCAACCACAGCAUGAAGGCAAUGCUGCUGCUGAUGUGGUAGAUAAUUGGGAGGAGGCUUGUGAUUGAGAAUUUUAUCUUUGGCCAUCAAGAUGAAGACAACUUCUCAUCUAUUUCUGCAUUAUGUUUCCUCUACGGAUCAUCCAUCCUUAAUAUUCUUCUAAUCUGUUUUGAUACUAAGUUUUUGUCAAGGUCUCCUUGUUCCUUUGAGGAGGAGGAUACUUGUAAAUUCAGCCAAAGUGCUGUAUAUAGGCUUCCAAUAAUAUUUUACAGCCCAUGGAAGUCGGUUUUCAUUUUGAAGGUUGCACUAAAGGUCGUGUGAAUUUUGUUUGAAAAAUUCUUGUGCUUGAAUAAAUGGAUACAGUGUAAAAGAAGAGAAGGUAAAUUGUCGUGGAGUUUGAGAAAUAAGGCAGGGCUAAUGAAUUAACUUGCCCACUGGUAUCUACUACUGGGUUGGUCAAGUCUGCAUCCCCUUUCUCAAUAACAUACUAAUAUUGUUGGUUUUUCUUCA